AUGGCAAAGAAGAAGAAGACAAAGAAAGGGGGUACCAAUCGACUACCGGCCAAUUCGCCUGUGCCCAAUAACGACAACGGGAGUAGCAGCAACCUACCUGAAGGUGAAGGCUCGUCUGCUCUCCCCGAAAAUUUUAAAUAUCAAACCUAUGAUUGGAACACCGGUCAAUUCACAGACUGUCCUAUUUCAUCAUUAUAUUCUUCCCCACCAUCAGAUGACGGCAAUGGUGAACCUACCGCUGACGCAGAGCCAAAUAAGGACGUCGCCGUUGACCAGCCGUCGGAAGCGGCACCAGCAGCAGAUGAUACUCUGAAGGAUGCUUCAGAAACACCUGCAGAUGCAGUGACGAAUGAGACGUCUGAGGUUCCAGUAGAACAAACACCGGAAGAGCCAGAGAAAGCAGCGGAGGAAAAAUCAACCGAAGAUGCGCCAGCAGCAGAAGACGCAUCAACUGAAGAGAAACCGGCUACAGGAGAGGCUCCGACUGAAGAAGCUCCAGCAGAAGAAACUCCUGUAGAAGAAGAUACACUGGCUGAAGAGGCUCCUCCUACUGAAGAGGCUCCUCCUACUGAAGAGGCUCCUCCUACUGAAGAGGCUCCUCCUACUGAAGAGGCUCCUCCAACUGAAGAAACUACUCCGGCUGAACAGACUCCAGCAGAAAAGACUCCGGCCGAAGAGGCUCCUCCGAUUGAAGAAGCUGCUCCGGCUGAAGCUGCUCCGGCUGAAGCUGCUCCGGCUGAAGAGGCUCCUCCUGCUGAAGAAGCUACCGCAGCAGAAGAAGCUCCUGCUGAAGAGAGUCCAGCAGAAGAGGUACCUCCGACUGAUGAAGCUACUCCAGCUGAAGAGACUCCUCUAGCAAAAGAAGCUACUCCGGCUAAAGCUAUUCCGGCUGAAGAAACUACCCCGGCUGAACAGGCUCUGGUUGAAGCUACUCCGGCUGAAGAAGCUACUGCAGCAGAAGAAGCUCCAGCAGAAGAGAGUCCAGCAGAAGAGAGUCCAGCAGAAGAGGUACCUCCGACUGAUGAAGCUACUCCAGCUGAAGAGACUCCUUUAGCUGAAGAGACUUCUCUAGCAGAAGAAGCUACUCCGGCUGAAGCUAACCCGGCUGAAGAGGCUCCGGUUGAAGAGGCUCCGGUAGAAGAGACUACCCCAGCGGAAGAAGCUCCAGCUGCGGAGGAGGCACUGGUAGAGGAAGAGAAGCCGGCAGCAGAGACGCCAGUUGCUGUAGAAGAACAGCCAGCCGAAGAAACAUCUGGAGAGCCGGAGAAAACAGAAGCACCGCUUGAAGAAGAAAAGCCGGCGGAGAGUGUACCGACAGAAGAGGCUCCAGUCAAAGGGGAGGCCCCCGCUACAGAACAAGUUCCAGCUAUAGAGGAGAACCCGGCAGAAGAAGAGAAAUCGGCGGAAGAGACACCUGAUAAAGAUGAGGAACCCGCUGAGGGAGAUAAACAAACCAAAGAAACGCCGGGAGAGCCAGAGAAAACAGCAGCGCCGCCUGAAGCGGAAAGCCUUACAGAGGGCGUACCAACAGACGAGACUCCAGCCGAAGAAGAGAAACAAGGAGAACUUCCAGAGCUAGAGCCCACGACAAAUGACGUCGCUGCUGAAGAGACACCUGAGCUUGUUGAAUGCAAAAAAGACCCCCCUGAAGAGACUGCAGAUGAGCCCCAAGUGGUAGAUGCACCAUCUACAACUGAGGUUACGACAGCUAAAGAUAUCGACCUAGUAGUAGAAAAUGAUAAAGUAGAGACUAAAAAAGAAACCGAAGAAACACCUCAGGGAGACAAUGAUGGCGUGGCAGCCGAAAUACCGGAUGCUGAGGGAGAGGAAGAAAAGAUACCCGGUGCUAGUGAUGACGAGGUUGUUGAAGAGGCUGUGUCUACGGAAGAGCCUGUCGGAGAAACCUCUGGAUUAAAAGAGGAAACGGCCGAAUCUGCAGAAUCGGAGUCAGAGCAGGAUAUCCCCAUGGAAGCGAAGGAGGAGAAAGAAGAAACACAAGAACCAGCGGCAACCGAAGCCACGGAAGAGGUGGCGUCUGCAGAGCCUGUCACUGAAACACCUGCAGAUGAAGAGACCACCGUUCCAGAAGAACCUGCCGUUGAAGCGCCUGUGGCUGGGGAGCCCGCUACUGAAGAGCCACCUGAGGCUCCGCCCAAGAAAGCUGCCGCUGAAGAGCCUGUUACCGAAGAGCCAGUAAUCGAAACACAGCCUCCCGAAGGUGCUACUGAAGCUCUGGCCGCCGAAGAUUCUGAUAAGGCUCCGGCUGAAGUUACUGCCGAAGAGCCUUCAGUUGAGGCACCUGUAGCUGAAGAACCUGCCGCUGAAGCUGCUCCAGAAGCUCCAGCCGGAGAAGCUGCCGUUGAGGAAACUGCCGCCGUGGAGCCAGCAGGCAAGACAGAACCUCCAGAAGAGGUUGCUCCUGAAGCUCUCGCCGCUGAAGAGCCAGCAGUUGAGGCGCCCGCAGCUGAAGAGUCCGUAGCGGAAGAACCUGUCGUUAAAGAAGCUACCCCGGAAGCUCCAGCUGAAGAAGCUGUCGUUGAAGAAGUUGCCACCGAGGAGCCAGCAGCCGAGCCAGAAGCUCUUAAAGAAGUUGCUCCUGAAUCUCCCCCUACCGAAGAAUUUGUUGGGGCUCCGGCUGAAGAAGUUACCCCAGACGAAGCAGCAGCCGAAGAGUCUGUUGAGGCCCCAGUUGAAACAACUGCCGUUGAAGAAGCUACUGUCGAAGAACCUGCAGUUGAGGCACCGAUAGUCGAUGAGCCUACUGACGCUCCGGUUGAAGAAGCUACUCAUGAAGAACCUGUAGUUGAAGCACCUGUAUCAGAAGAGCCCACUGCGGAAGAACCCGCUGUCGAAGUGCCUGCAGUUGAAGCGCCUGUAGUUGAAGAGCCCGCUGCUCAAGACACCAUCGUUGAAACAUCAGCCCCGGGAGAACCUGUUGGGCCAUCACCAGGAGAAGCGCCCCCUGAACAGCCGGAGGAGGCUACUCUCGAAGAAAAAGCGGUAGAGCAGCCUACUUCUGAAGAGCCUGCCCCUGAGCAGCCUCCUGUAGACGGUCCGGCUCAGGAAAACCCUGCAACAGAGGUUUCUCCUAAGGAGCCUGCUCCAGAACCAGCACUGGCGACACCAGAAGAGGCUCCUGCUGAAACCACUGACGCACCGACAACUGAAAUCCACCAAGAUAAUCUACCCCCAGCAGAGGAGGCUGUCAAAGAGGAAACACCUGCCGAGAAAUCCAUAGUGGAACCUGUAGCGGCAGAAGAAGCAACGGCAUCACUAGCUGAAGAGACGAAGGCCCCUGAAGAAUCCACCCCUGAGCCUGCGCCCGUUGUUAAAGAGAAAGCUGCUGAGGAGGUUAAGGAGGAGCCCGUUCAAGAGACCGUAGAAGCUACUGCCCCGAAGGACCCAACUCCAGAACCUGCCGUGGAAGAGCCUGUUGUGGUAGAAGAAACGCCUAAAGACAUAGCAGAGGCUACUCCUGUUGACGGCGCCGUUGCUAAAGUUGCCCCAGAAACGGAAAGAAAGCUGAUUACUACCGGGCAAUCAACCGCCCAUCAGCCUGUUAUGCGAGUAAAUGAGCGAGCAAAGGCCUCUUCUCCUGUCCCUCCAGUCAAGCGGCCGUCACCCCCAAACACAUCAGGCUCUUCCACCCACUCCCAGUCGAAUUCCGGCUCUCGUUCUCACUCCGACCGACGCCGUGAAAGGAGGUCAACCAAUUCGGAAGAGGUUAAAGAGCGAGCCAGAAGGAGCACCGCUAGAAGCGAGGAGAACAGACAGCGUGAAAAGAGAUCACCUAAAAUCGACGAAGGUGCCGAGCAAGCAAAGGUCCCCAAACCCAAAACGGAAGAAGCAAAGCCUCGGGAACGAAGGCUAAGCAGAGGCGAAGAAGGCAAAGAGCGAAUGUCCAACCGGCAUGAAGGGGCCAAGGAGAAGGAUCCUGAAAAGGAGAGGGAGCAUCGUGAGCAUCGGCGAGAGCGUCGACGCUCGAUGAGAGUGGAUCCCUCUACAGAGAAGGCCGCUAAGAAAGAUGACCCUCCGCCAGAGCGCCUUCGUCGACGCCGCUCAAGUCUAUACAAAAACCGCGAGGACGCCCCAACCAGUAUGAGCUUCAGGGAAAAGCUUCGACAAGUCCUUACCGCGGCAUGA